AUGGACAACUACGACAAUGCCGAGCACGACAACUUCGGAUAUGAGGAUGACGAGUACGACGACGCUGCGGAUGACUGGGAGGUCGAGGCCGCAGAAGAGGAGCAGAAGGCCAUCGCCGAGGAGGCCGCUCGCAAAGCUCGCUUAGAGAAGAAGUUGGUCACUCGUGCCCCAGUGAGGAAGGAAGAAGAGGAAGAGGCGGUGCCAGAGGAUGUGGAGCGUGCGAUUGCAGACAUGCGACAGGUGGCCAACGACAUCGCCUCCGGUAGCACCCUUCUCCGCGGAGGAAGCUCGGAGGAGCUCAUUGGGAACCAUAAGCUGGUUGCAGACGUGGACGUGGACCGGGUAGGCGCCAUGAUUGCCGAUCGUCUCACGUCCUUCUCCGAAUCCUCCCACUACGACAAGCUGAUCCUGGAAGUCUUUGAGCGCUUGACCAGCCACCUGACGAACACGCAGCUGCUGAACGAGGAGGCGGAUAGGGUACACCGUCUGCGUGAGGAGCUCAAGCGUGCGGCGAAGACAAAGACGAAGCCGGUGGAGAAGGCGCCGGUUACACAGAGCGGCCUCGAUCUGUCUAACUUUGAGGACAAAGGUGGCGCCGCCGUCACGGAAGAGAAUGAGGAUGAGACAGGCUGGUAG